AGACUGACAUGAAUAUAAUUAUCUUCUUGACUUUUGAUCUUUUGGUAUUAACAUUAAAAGAAGAAAGUUCAGCUUCUGUUCUGAUUUCCAAUGUAGCUUGUAUUGGUCUCAACCUGGAUAUAAUUCCAUAUAGUGAAAUAUCCUAAUAAUGUUGGAUGUCAUGAAAAUACUGAUUCUUAGUCUGGAUCCUUCAGAAAAUGAAUGUUUAAGAGAGAUAGAAGCACUCGAAAGUAGACGAUCACUUGUAUUGAACAGUUUUAUCUGAGUCUAGGUAACACAUGUUUGGUGUUAUGGAACUCUUAAAACUUUUAAUUUUGAUACACGUGGCUUCGUUCCUGUUAUUGAGUGAUACCUUGAAGCUUUCUGAAGUUCUUGGUAAUUCAUUACUCCUUGGGUUGUUGUGCACCUAACUUGGGUUGUUGUGCACCUAUCUUGCUCUUAAAGAAAGAAAAAAAGAAAAUCUCAUAAGAAUAUGCACCUCUCAACUUGUUUGGUUUUACUCAAUUCUGUCUAUUCUUUUGCAUUUCUGUGCAAUGCUGGGUAGAAUAUUUGCAUCAAAGCUGAUGUUGAUGGUGAUCCUCAAUUUGAAAAUACUGUUUCUACCAUAAGGCCAUGUCGCGAGGCAGAUGGAGUCAUGCCAUCGCAUAAGAGUACCAGGGAUUAUGCUAUUGACUUUGAACCAUGCUCCAAGCUUGAGGACCUAAACUUGAAUGUUAGAAAGAAUGUGAAGGACACAGAAGAGAUAAACCUAAUAGACAUUUCGAAAAGGCAAGAUAUCUUACAGGUACCAAUUCAUGAAGUGAUAUUUUCCACUGUUGACAAACCAAAGCUUCUUAGUCAGUUUUGGUUCUGCAUUUCUAAUAUACAGCUUUCUGCUUUGCUCUCUGACAUAGGACUUAACAUCCGUGAGGCUCAUGUGUUCUCGACAACGGACGGAUACUCACUGGAUGUGUUUGUGGUAGAUGGAUGGCCUAUUGAGGAUACAGAUGAUUUAUAUAAGGCUAUGGAAAAAGCAAUUGGUAGAAGUGAGGGAUCAUGGUCUGGUUCUUCACAUUCAGCUGGAAAUAAGACUUCAGUGACAGAUAUAAAAUCCAGAGACUGGGAAAUAGACAGAAGACUUCUGAAAAUUGGAGAAAGAAUUGCAUCUGGUUCUUGUGGAGAUCUGUAUCGUGGGGUUUACCUUGGUCAAGAUGUAGCUAUUAAAAUUCUUAGAUCUGAGCAUUUGAAUGAAGCCAUCAAGGAUGAAUUUGCUCAAGAGGUGGCGAUUCUAAGAGAAGUCCAACAUAAAAAUGUCGUUCGUUUUAUUGGUGCUUGCACAAAGGCUCCUCAUUUAUGUAUCGUCACAGAGAUAGAGGACAUUGACAAGAAAGAGGGGGAAGGGGUUGUUUCUAAAGAGGAGAGAGCAAGAAGAAAGGGGUUGAGGUUUGAUGUGGCUUACAAAUUGAGGAUGAAUGAGAUCUCAUGUGCCAGAAAUCAAGAGAGAAAUGGAUUCAAGAGGGUGAUAGAACACUUGAUACUUCCACUGCUUAGCCAGUCACAAAAGGAGAUGCAAUUUUGUUGAACAGUUAACUGUGAACAACCGAGUCAUCAAGGGGAAUAGCGACAUGAGGAAAGAGGCUGGUGAGUUCUUUGCAAAGCUGUAUAAUGAAGACAUUUCUAGAAGACUGAGAGUUGACAACCUGAAUUUUGAGAUGAUCCAUAAUGAUAAUAGAAUUAAUAUGGAAAGGGAGUUCACUGAAGAUGAGGUUAAAGAGGUACUCAUGAGUUGCAAUGGAGACAAAGCUCUCGGUCCUAAUGGUUUCAAUAUGAGAUUUUGGAGGAAUUUUACAUGUGGUUAAAAAAGAUACUAUGGAAAUGUUUAAUGAAUUCCAUAACUUUGGGUCUUUUGUAAAUCAUUGAACUCUACUUUUUUGGUCCUUAUUGCAAAAAAAGAAGGGGUAAAAAAUAUCAGAGAGUUCAGGUCCAUUAAUUUGGUGGACUGCAUAUACAAGCUUAUGUUGAAGGUCCUUGCAAAUAGAUGUCUGGGUGUUGGGUAUAGUGAUUAGAGAGAAUCAACAUGUUUUGUGGAAGGAAGACAGAUUAUGGAUGCUGUUUUGGUGGCUAAUGCAGUGGUUGAUGAUUUGAUUAACAGCAAGAGAGAUGUGAUUUUGUGCAAAUUGGACAUGGAAAAAGACUAUGAUCAUGCUAGUUGGGAUUUUGUGAAUUACAUUUUGAGUAGAUUGGAGUUUGGUGAGCGGUGGAGAAAAUAGAUUUGGACAUGUGUAACUACUACAUCGUUUGCGGUUAUGAUCAAUGGUGGCCCUUCCCACUUUUUCAAGGUUUCUAGAGGUUUUAAGACAAGGCAACCCAUUAUCCCCUCUACUAUUUAUUGUAGUUAUGAAAGCACUGAACAAGUUGAUUGAGAGGGCGAAUGAGCUGGAUUUAUUGAGAGGGGUGUGGGUUGGGAGAAGGAACCAGCAGAUUGAAGUUACUCAUUUAUUUUUUGCAGAUGAUACAUAAUUUUUUGUCAACCAGAGAAGAAAAUGAUCAUGGGUUUAAGCUGUGUACUUAUGUGUCUUCAAGCUGUAUAUGGGUUGGAUAUUAACUAAAUAAAUAUGAGAUGAUCAGCAUUGGGAGCUGGGAUAAUGCUGAGUAUUUGGCGGACUUGUUGGGCUGUAAAUUGGAAAAUCUACCUAUUAAAUAUUUGAGUCUUCCACUUGGCUCCAAAUAUAAAGAUGUUGGGAUGUGGGAACUGGUGAUUGAAUCCUUUGAAAAGCGACUUGCUAGUUAGAAGAGAAAUUUCUUAUCCAAAGGUGGUAGACUCACGCUUAUUAAAAGUACUCUUGCUAAUCUUCCUAUUACUACUUGUCUACAAUGACUAUUCCGGUGAAGAUUGCUAAGACUUUGGAAAGAAUUCAAUUCCGUUUCCUUUAGGGGGAUGAGGAAGGAAAUAGGAAAUUCUACUUGGUUAAGUGGGAGGAGGUGAAAAAGCCAGUGAGUAUGGGCGGUUUGGGGAUCCGGUCUUUGAUUGAGAUGAAUAAAGCAUUAUAAGGUAAAUGGUUAUGGAAUUACUUGAAAGGGAAGAGCGUCUAUGGAAAAGAGUGGUCGAAGCGAGGUGGGGUAGGUGGGUGGAUUGCUAUUAUUGGUGCAAUUCGGGCCGCUCGCAUGGUUUGAGUGUGUGAAGAAAGAUUGGCAUUAGCUGUGAUAAUUUCUCCCAAAAUAUUAAGUGGUAGUUGGCGAGGGGAGAUAAAAUCUGUUUCUGGUUAGAUGAGUGGAUUGGUAGCUGGAAACUUAAAGACCAAUUCCGGCAUAUAUUUGCUAUUGCUAAGAAUAAAUUUAGCAUGGUGGAGAAUAUCUAUGAUGGUGAAGGACAAGGGGUGGUAUGGAAUGUAGAGGUGUUGAGAAACUUGAAUGAUUGGGAGGUUGGGGAAUAUGAAGAGCUUCUGCAGCUGUUGGUCAAUGUGAAAAUGAAAACUAAUAGCGACAGUUUAGUGUGGAAACAGAAGCAUGAUGGAAAUUUUACUGUUAAGUCUUAUUAUGAAGUAUUGAUGGGUUAUAACAGUAAUGAGGCUUCACAGUUAUUGUGAAGUAUUGAUGGGGUAUAACAGUAAUGAGGCUUCACAGUUCCCUUACAAACAGAUAUGGAAAGUUCAUGCGCCUCCUAGAAUAGUUUUCUUUGCUUGGGAAGCUGGGAGGGAGAGUAUAUUGACCAUUGAUAAGUUGAAGAGAGGCAGAGUGAUGGUGAAUGCCUGUUAUUUAUCUAUGUAAAAGGGAUGCUGAAACUUGCAAUCAUUUGCUUUUAUGGUAUCUAUUGCUCAUAAUUUAUGGUCGAUGGUUUAUGGUCUGCUGGAUAUUUGUUGGGUCAGGGCGGGUUCCAUGAAGGAGUUAUGGGCUUGGGGUGGGAUCUGCAAAAAGAAGAAAUUUUUGAAACUUAUCCCCUUGACUAUCAUGUGGGUGCUUUGGAAAGAGAGGAAUAGGAGGGCGUUGGAUAGGGUUGAGAAUUACAUUGUAAAGAUUAAAGAUAGUUGGUAUCAUUAUUUUGACUCUAUUUUUUUGAGGCAUGUCAAGUAUAGAUAGAAGAUUUUGGACAUGUCAUAUGUAGCAUUACUGAGCUGUAAAUUCUUUGUUUAUGGGUGGCACCCCACUGGUGUUUCACUUUAAUGUUGUUUCACAUUUUUUAUUUAAAAAAAUAACUUUAGUUUUAGUAGAAUUUUUAAUUAUGCACUUGGUAAAAUUUGAAUUAGACAGUUGCAUCUUUUUAUUUCAGUAGGUUUUCAAUCAUAUAAUUAUUAG